AUGCUUUGGAUUCUCGAGCAAACUCCCGGAUCAAUCAAAACCCAAGAUGUCACAUGGUUCCUCAAGAAAUACUCUUACUGGCCAUCUUACAAUGUGCCCUUCAUCAAGGACAUCAGCAUAGAAGCAGGAUUCAGCGAGAAGGCUAGAGAAUUUGAUUGGUACAAAUGGGGAUCAACUCCGCGGGCGAGAAUUUUCGAAAGAGAUCAUCAUAAAGUGCAGGAUAUGGACUCACUGACGAAGCUGAUGAGGUACAACGAUUAUACUCAUGAAGAGUUUGCUCGCUGCAAAUGCACACCUUUACCGUACACUGCAGAGGUGAGUCCUUGUUCGAAUAUGAAUAAGAAUGUCAGCGAUCAAAAUAUUAUCCAAGAGAGUUCUAUUCAGGGAGGAAUAUCUGCCCGCGGUGAUUUGAACACUCCAGGAGGGACGUACGAAGUUGAAAGCAUGGGAUUCCGCGAUCAUGCCGGUCUUGAUUACAAG